AUGGCGACUACGUUUCCGAACAUCUACACGCUCCGCAAGGUUGCUGAGACAGCGGCCAAGGCAUGCGAUAUCUGCUACAAGUCGAGCACCUCAGUGCUAAUCACACCUGACCAAAAGGAUUUCUUCUUUGUUUGUCCAGUCCACCUCAAGGAUCGGUACUUUUGCACGCCCAAGAUUGAUGAGGAGGCUGCGAAGAGGAAGAGGGAGAAGGAGUUAGAGGAGGAGAAAGAGAGGGUUAAGAAGGAGUACGAGGAGAAGCAGAAGAAGAAGAAGGAGAAGGAAGAGAAGAAGGAUAAAGAAAAGGAUAAGAAGGAAAAGGAUGGGGAUAAGGAGAAAGAUAAGGAGGAGAAGGAGGAGAAGAAGGAGAAGAAGGAUGAAGACAAGGACAAGGAAGACAAAACCCCCCCUGCUGAGGAAGAGCCCCGUGUGUUUGAGCUGAAAACGGCCUUUUACCAGCAAAGAUUGCUGAAGAAGCGACAAGCCGAAGCGGCGAAAGCCGAUCGGGAACGAGCGUCAAAGCCUGGGUAUUUUCCCUCUGUGCCCUCUGAUGCGCCCAGUCGAUAA